ACAAAGUUUUUUUAAUUUUUGUUUUUUAAUGGCUUUCCAGAAUUUUAAAUCGAAUACAAUUUGACAUGACGGCAAAAAAUGUUGGUUUGAGUUCCACAAAUGCAGAACUAAGAGGAUUUAUAGAUCAGAAUCUGAGUCCAACAAAAGGUAACAUUUCAUUUGUUGCAUUUCCAGUUGCCAAUACCAACUCACCAACAAAGAUUUUACCAAAAACCUUAGAACCAAUAAAUGUGAAUGUUGGACCCCAAAUGAUUAUAAGCACACCACAGAGACUAACCAGUUCAGGAAGUGUUCUGAUUGGGAGUCCAUAUACCCCUGCACCAGCAAUGGUUACUCAGACACACAUAGCAGACGCUACUGGCUGGGUCCCAGGUGAUAGAAAACGGUCUAGAGAAUUUAUAGACUCUGAUUUUUCAGAAAGUAAACGAAGCAAAAAAGGAGAUAAAAAUGGAAAAGGCUUGAGACAUUUCUCAAUGAAAGUGUGUGAAAAAGUCCAGCGGAAAGGUACAACAUCGUAUAAUGAAGUAGCUGACGAACUGGUAUCGGAGUUUACCAAUUCAAAUAACCAUUUGGCAGCUGAUUCGGCUUAUGACCAGAAGAACAUUAGACGAAGAGUUUAUGAUGCUUUAAAUGUGCUAAUGGCAAUGAACAUAAUUUCAAAGGAAAAAAAAGAAAUCAAGUGGAUUGGCCUGCCUACCAAUUCUGCUCAGGAAUGUCAAAACCUGGAGAUAGAGAAGCAGAGGCGGAUAGAACGGAUAAAGCAGAAGCGGGCCCAGCUGCAAGAACUUCUCCUGCAGCAAAUUGCUUUCAAAAACCUGGUACAGAGAAAUCGGCAAAAUGAACAGCAGAACCAGGGCCCUCCAGCUCUGAACUCUACCAUUCAGCUGCCGUUUAUCAUCAUCAAUACGAGCAGGAAGACAGUCAUAGACUGCAGCAUCUCCAGCGACAAGUUUGAAUAUCUUUUUAAUUUUGACAACACCUUUGAGAUCCACGAUGACAUAGAAGUCCUGAAGCGGAUGGGGAUGUCUUUUGGCCUAGAGUCAGGCAAAUGCUCUCUGGAGGAUCUGAAACUUGCGAAAUCACUGGUGCCAAAGGCUUUAGAAGGUUAUAUCACAGAUAUCUCCACAGGACCUUCUUGGUUAAAUCAGGGACUCCUUCUGAACUCUACCCAAUCCGUUUCAAAUUUAGACCUGACCACUGGUGCCACCUUGUCCCAAUCAAGUGUAAACCAGGGGUUUUGCUUGGAUGCUGAAGUGGCCUUAGCAACUGGGCAGUUCCUUGCCCCAAACAGUCACCAGUCCAGCAGUGCGGCCUCUCACUGCUCCGAGUCCCGAGGCGAGACGCCCUGUUCCUUCAACGACGAAGACGAGGAAGAAGACGAGGAGGAUUCCUCCUCCCCAGAAUAAAGACAGGAGGAAACCCACGUUUCAAUAAUAUUUGACGCUCGUGUGUUUUUAGUGUGAGCUCUUGUUUUUGAAAUGAUUGCUUCAGUCUUUGCCUUUGUUUGCCCCGUGCGUUCAGUGAAAACUAGGGAAACACAAUAAGCAGAUUACACGAAGGCUGACAUGAUCGAGAUGAAAGUUAACGUAGUGUGAGUGAAGACUCUGCACAACAGAGCACUAGAUCACAUCUCAGACAGGGUGCGCUUUCUGAGGUGAUAGAGAGGGGAUAGUCCCAGAAGAUUGGCAGCACGAAUGAAGCUCGUUUAUCUUCCUCGAGGUGGGGGUCUUUGUGUUCCUGCCCGCCCACGCAGCCCUCCUUAGAAUUAAGAUUGCUACAGGGAGCAGCGCUUGAUGAUUAUGUUUCUCUAGUUUCCCUCCCCUGCCUGGGCUGCCUUUUACAAGGCACAGAUGAACAUGAAAAGUCCCAGCGGGGGCGACUUGUACAGUGAGGGAUGUAGAUGGCAAUCCUUGUGGCCUCGGGAGCACAGAUUGAACUGCUGAACUAGUUGAAAGUCUAGUUGAGGUGCUUUACGCAUCAGCUGCCUUAGACGGCUUCUAGAAAGGAGCGAGUGCUAAUUCUUAAGUACUUAAGUGAUAUUUAGAAUAAUUUAUAGUAAAGCUGAAAUGAUCAUUAUUAGCCAAUGCAUUUGGGGCAUAGAAUUGUUUAGGGCUACUUCUGGAAGCCAACAUAGAAUAGCAUUUCUGCGUGCAUUAAAUACUUUGCCAGCACUGCCUUUCGCCAGCGUUCUGAAUCUGGAGUUUUACGGAGAAGGGAAUUGUGUCUAGUUUUAAUCAAAGCUAUGCAUUUCAUAUAGCGUUUUCAUUUACAGCAAAAGAAAUUCUGAUGACCGAAUUGCUUGCUUACCCCUGCCGUCAUUGUAUUUCACUCAUCGUGCAAUUGAAAAUGAACCAAAUGUCAUUGCUUUUAAAAGAUGUAUUUUUUCAGAACAUGAACAGCAAUGUUUUCCUGUACCUGUCACCUUUUGUACAUUUUCAUGAAUCAAAACGACCUUUAUUGGGUUUAUUCCUGGGUAAAUUGCAUUUCAAACUAACCCGAUGUCGUGUUUCACGGAAACUGUCGUAAAAAUGUUGAACUCUCUGAAUGGUUGGGUUUAAGCGCGAUCCCCAGUGUCUUGCUUCAUAGCCUCAGAGCCAAAGAUGCCGCCGGCACCCAGCGUGGGUGUGUUCACAGUUAACGUCUCCGAAUGGAGGGGUGUGGAGACAUCUGCCACCAUGGCCAGACCCCGACUUGAUUUCACAUUAAGGCCUUGAAAAGGAGCCCAUGAUAAUGGAAAAUUAACUCUAAAUCUUUGUUUCGAAUCAUUGGGAUUUGCCCCAGCUGAUACAUCUAGCAUCUGUGGGCCCAGCACCAAAACCAGCACCUUUUCUCAAUCCCAUGGGGGAAGCGUGGGUGCCUUAGUUAGGAUGCCUUUUUACAGCUCUGCCACUGUGCUUACAGGGAGCUGCAGGUAAAAAAAACUUGGCUGACCUAAAAUUUUCAUUAGGCCAUUAAAAACUAAUCCACAAAAACAUACAACUUUAAGUUCCUUGGAGACAAAAAACUGAUUCUGUCAGAAAUGAGCCAUCGUGCAGACUCAGAGUGUUCGAGGGGGCACAGAUAAAGAGAGGCAGUCUUCAGAGAAUUCCAUCUCAGCCUGAGUUCUGGGGCACACCCCUGCGGCUGGACAAAUGGGAGGAGUCGGAAGCUGCAAAGGCCACAGCCGGUCCCCAUGGGCCUCCAGGAGACAGUUCUGACAAGGAGAUUGUCAGCCGCACAGUCAGGUGAAACCGGGCUCCCUUCCAAACUGUCCUUAAAGAGGCCGCCUCCUCCCUUAAUAACCCUCACCUUUCCCAUCUGUGUGCUCAGAGCGGGCCCAGCAGCGACCUGGUGAGGCCACGGGCUGCCGCAGCUAGCUGUUCAGUCUUCAAAGUAUUGUGAUUCGGCUCUCAAGGCCUGUACAUCACCGUUCAGUGCUGGCACAUGAAUCCUAACCAGCCCUUUACCAAAUAGUGAAAUCCUUGCUAGAGUUCUUGAGAAACCAUCCCUCCCAUCCUUCCUCCCUCCCUCCGUGUCUCUCUCCCUCUCUCUCUGCCGCUAUCAAACUUUAAAUUGAUAUAACAUGGGUUUAAAAGAAAAAGCAACCAAAGACUCUUCGUCAUUGGUGCCCCAUCAUCGGCCAUCCCAGCCACAGGUGUGUGGUGUUUGACUGGAAAUGGCCUCUGAUUCUCAGUAAUAUUUUGGGGUUACUGCCGAGGACAUCUAAAAGAGUCGCACUGUAGUCACCAGUACAUGUUGCUGGUGUAAAGCCUUAACCUGAGCAGAAAACUAGGUGGAGAUGUUUAGAAAGAUAAAUUCUGUUAUUCUCCCUAAUCUCUCCUAAACAGAUCUGUCUGGGUCUAAAGCUCAGCCCUCGGUCACGAUUUCAUAUAGAAGUCAGAGUGAAAAGAUGUUAGGUUACAAUACAACAGCGAGGCUUCUUUAGAGGAGCAGCACCGGGGGGUUACUUGUAUGCGCGCAUGUGCACACAUGGACACCCCUCUCGAAGGGUGCUGGUCACACUGCUUUCUGGGGAGUUCUAGAGGCUUUUCCCCCCCUUGAGGGUCAGUUUAGCUAUUACUCUUUCAAACACAUAGUGUCAUUCGGUCAGUGAAUUCUUGCUCCAUUUAGCACGCGCAGGUGGCAUCAGGCCUGCCGUAUCUGACUGUGCGUGGGAAGGGCAGUGCCGCCAGGGUUCACAGCAGAGCUCGAGGCGCCCCCGGGCACUGCCCAGGCUUUCCUUCACCCUCCCCCACUGUGAAGCGUCUCAUCCACUUAAUCUUUUCAUGCGAUGACAAGGUGAUAAAAGCAGCUUCUCUGAGUGUUGCUAUACACUGUGCCUUAUGACCACGGAGAACCUUGCCGACGAGGUGGCAAAGGAGGUGCUGUCACAGUGAAUCCUCACCCGUCAGUGAUGCCCACUGCCCCUGGACAACUGUGCAAAUGAUGACCAUAUGUUUCGUUUCCUGCAAUUCUGUGUAGAAGUGGCGGGGAGAAAACUUCAUGUAGUUUUACCAGGCUGAAAGGGGAUAACUCCACCUCCUCAGCAAAAUUUACAGUGGUGACCAUACUCUGCCAUACUUGAAAAAUAAUGCCAGGGUCAGCCCUCCGACAAACAGAUAGCCCAUGUCUGGUCAUUUAAAUGGAGAUAUUUCACAGAGGAGUUGCUCACUUGAGCCCCGCAGACAUCGAUAACUCGGCUGUUUGCUAAACCCCAACUCUGGCCACUUGGGUUGAAGAGACAGCAAAGUUGCUCUAAGUGUAGAUGUAACUUAGGCCUCUGGGACAGUCAGAAUACAGUGGGGGUGGGUGUUCUUGGGGGCAGGGUUAACCAGGGAAGGGACCUGCCUCAGCCUCUUCUACCAUAAUCACCCUCAGAGGGAGAGAACCUGGUUAGCUUUAUGAGUGAUACAUUUCAAGGGUCCUUUAAAUACCUAUCUAGCUCCCUGCCUGAGGGCAUGUAAGAGAAGGGUCCCUCCCCAGCAAAUCUGAGAUAGACCUUAAGACUGUGAAUGAGCCCUGGACAGUGAAUGUAAAGAUUUAACCCUUCAGUAAGCGUUUGAAUACAGAACAGAAAACAUUCAGAUUGAUCAGUGCUACCGAAAAAAAAAAAUGGUAAUGGAACAAUAGGCGAUAGGCUACUUUGACUGGGGGUGGCCAAGGAAGGCCCCCCUGAAAAAGUGACAUUGGUCCUGAAUCAGACAAUUGAAAGACAGAUGUCUCCAUACCUUAGCAUGCCACUCUCCCACAACGUGCCCUUGGAAUCGCUACUAAAUUCCAAAGGCCGCUCUGUUUUAAGCAUACGUUUUAGAGACUGUGAAGGAAUCUUUAGGAUUUAACAAAAAAAACAAACUUAGCUAUCGGCAGUAUCCAUAAACCAAGAGAAGAUUCUAACUCACCCAUGAAGUUCUCAUUAGCUUCAUUACCUUCCAGUUGAACGUACACAGGAGAAAAGUAAUCACUUUUCUGGGUGUUUUCUUCUAGUUUUAUAAGUUAUUGGAUAUAUAAAGAUCUACUUUUUGUAUUAUACACAUAAAGUGUCAAAUUUUAUUCUGCCUAUGGACUGGCUUUAGUGGGGCUGAAGACUACAGAGGGCCAUUUUCCCAAAUAGGUUCCCCGUUUUCAUGCACCCAAAACAGUGGUUCCCAAGCAUUGAUGAUCAUAUCUGUUUAUUAGAGGCCCACAGCGUGUGCCAGGGGCCUGCACUGUGCAGUCUGAGGGAUUCUCAGAAAUGUUCCUCUCUGUCUGAUUCACAGUAGAAUGUUCAGUUUGACUUCCACUCAAGCCAAACACUGUUACUCCAAAGGAAAAUGUCUGAUGUUUGCUUAAGAUUUUACCUUUUCCAAAAAAUCGAUUUAAAUAUCCACAUAAAUCAUAACAUUUCUCAGGAAUGAGCCUCUUUACAUAACCAAAAUAUCUCUGAAAAGUUAUGCUUAGAUAACCUUUGGGGUCCAGUUUUUCCACAUAACUCUACACUCACACUAUAUGCUAAGGAAGAAAAAAUGGGACACAAAACUUUGACCUUCCAGUUACGUCCUUGGAAUCCCUGACAAGUACAGAAGCUUAAAUGGUAGCAAACAUCCAUUCACUCACUCGUCAUGGGGCUGAGACAGGAGAAAGCAUCCUCAUUUAUAUGUAGUCUGCGCAGCUGUUCUCAGGCAAGGUAGAAUCUCGUCUCAUUCUUAUAUGGCCUUUGCUUUACAAAAAGGCCUAUGGAAUUCAGCGCUGUCUUAACCUCUUGCUAUUCCAGUAGAAUGGACUUUGGUCCUCCUUGCUUACAGCUGCAUUUACUUUUUCUUUACCAAGGGUCUCAAUGAGAGAGAACCUCUUUCCACCCCACUCAUUAAGACAGGAAACAAGCCCAGAGCUUGACUGCCUAAUGUCCUUCAGCCUGUCUGGCAGGGUCCUGGAAGGACCACUUUGCCUCCUGAAAACUGCCCUCACCGCAGCCCUCCCAGGUGGCUCUGGGAUUAAAUCAGCCCUGGCACACCGGGUGCUAAACAGGCGGGCAACAGAAGUGGGACUCCACUCGUGAGUCCCAGCAUGAGGCUGUGGUGUCAGCGUUGGGCCUCUCCAUUCACAAGCCCCCAGGUUUAGACAGUCACCCCUGGGAAGAAAGACUCCUCCGUGGGCGACAACGGUUACGCACACAGGUCACUGGUAGGGGACUUGAGAGGUUAAAGUUGCCAGCUGCCCCUUCUGUACCGCAUUAGCUUGUUUCUGUCCAUGCCUGUCUCAACGAGGAAAUUUCCCCAGAUCAUUUUUUGGGUUUUAAAACUCAUCGCUGUCACUUCAGACUCACCAUUCUAUCACUGUAUUAUCUUCACAUGCCAGGAACCGUCUACUAACAAUUGGCCUGAUUUUGCUUGUUCAUGACUGGAGUCAAAGUUUGUUUGUUUGUUUUUUUAAAUACUAAGAAGGCUGUGAGGACCCAGAUACUUUUCUGUUGAAAGACUUCUGAGCAGCUGCAGUUCUGUUUUUCCCAGUAGUACCAUGACGGGUUCAACCUUCCAGUGUCCUGGAAAACAGAACCACCAACUGGCGAACUGCACUAGCUGCUCAGGCGGCCUGGACUCUGAAGACCGCGGUUCAGUACUGUGAGGUCCUCGGGACGUUUUGUUGACCACCGCCAUGUUCGACUUUAUGACGAAAAGAAAAAAAAAAAAAAUGUGAGUCCGAAUCACCUGUUUGUUCACCUUUUCAUUUGGAAAUACUUUACCCUGAUCGUGUGCUAUUAGGUUUUUUCUCAGAAAAUAUAGUUCUGCUUUUUUUCUGCGUGAAGGAAACAUCAGGGUGCCACACAUUUUCAGCAGUUUAAACAAGACAGAUAAGGGAAAAACACCACAUCUGACUUGCCUAACGUAGACUUUAUUCGACUGAAGUACCUAACCUAAUGUGAUGUAUUAUUUUGUAGCAUCUCAAACUUUGUAAAUAAAUACCAUUAUUUUUAUAUGGAAAUUUUAUAGAAGAGCUUAUUUUCCUGGAUACUUAAUUUCCUGGAUUUUCUGAAAUUGUUUCUGACAGAUAAUAGACAAGUCCUAAGCAGUGUUUCUCUAAGGAUGGUUCAAGGACCACCUGCAGCAGAAUUGACAGGGGUAGGGGUUAAAAUUUUGCAUCCCUCAGUCCCACCCCAGAUACUUGGAAGCUCUGGGAGUGGGGCCUGGGAAGCUGUAUUUUUAAUAAACUCUCAGUGAUGUUUUUGUCUAUUAAAGUGUAUCUUUCUCCAUUCUAUAAGGUUAAAAGAAGGAAAAGGAAAAAAAGCAUCUGAAAUGAGUAUCAGUUGUGCUUGAGGAUAAAAAAAUAUUAGACUGAUGUAUGAUUUGAAUGAGAUGUACUAUAGAAAAAAAAUAAAUAAUUUAAAAUGU